CAGCUUGAACAGCAGUGCCAAUUUGCCCAUUCAGAACGAAACUAAUACCCAGAGAGAUAAGAAGUGUUUGUAUAUUUUUAAGUCGACCUUAUAUCGAUAAGCGCUUUAAACAGCUAUCAAAAUUAUGUCGUAUAACCGUAUGAAAACGCCAAAAGAUUUAACAACUGUCACAAAGCCCCUCAACAAUGAUGAGCGUUAUCCACCGAUACCAUUGCCAGCGCCACCGCCAGCCGGGCCAGAAACGAUGCACGCGGAAAACGUGAACAAUCCGAAUGCAGUCGCCAGGGAAACUAUGAAUCCGGCACCAUUUUUGGAGAGCGGACAAAUUAUAAUGCACAACAGUCCUGGAUUUUCUGGUGCAGAUGAUAGCUUGGAGGCAAAGAAUAUCAUUUUCAAUGAUCAAACCAUACGCAAGGGCUUCAUACGUAAAGUGUACUUUAUUCUCUUGACACAAUUGCUCUUCACUCUUGGUGUCAUAUCCAUAUUUGUGUAUCACGAGCCCACAAAACAGUUUGUCCGGGAAAAACCGAUGGUCGUGGGCGUCGCCAUGAUUGUCAACAUUGUGGUGCUGAUCUCGAUGGCCUGCUGUGAAACUGCUCGGCGCAACUUUCCGAUUAAUUUCAUCUGCCUGGGCCUAUUCACGGCUACCAUGUCCCUACUCCUGGGCGCCGUGGCCAGUACUCUAGACGCAAAUGUGGUGCUCUUGGCUGUGGGCAUAACUGCGCUGUUGGUUGUGGCUUUGUCCAUAUUCGCCAUACAAACCAAAUAUGAUUUCACAGCCUGGGGCGGCGUCCUAAUCUCGGUUGUUAUCUGUUUGUUGAUCCUUGCCUUUGCGGGUGCAUUUUUACGCGGAACCUUCGGUGAGACGGCGGUCUCAUGCCUUGGUGCUCUACUGGCCAGUUUUCUGCUAAUCUAUGAUACACAAUUGAUAAUUGGCGGCACGCACAAGUAUCAGUUUAAUCCGGAGGAUUAUAUUUUCGCUGCAUUAACUUUGUAUUUAGAUGUGGUGCGCAUCUUCUUGUAUGUAUUACGUCUAGCCAGAAGGUAAAUGAUUUUUGCUUGAUACUCAGAAAUAUUGCAUAAUGCUUACAUUAUGAAUCGAAUUACACAACCGCGUGUAUGUCUAUGUGAAUUUAUUAUUAAUUGUAUACAGGUUUUCUUAAAAGUUUACUUACAAAAUCGAAUUCCAAAAUAUUUUAGAUAACAUCAGCAAUAAGACUCCCAUAAUUGUAAAAAAAAAAAAAAGAAACAAAACAACAAUCCUUUAAUUUAAGCAAAACAUAAAGGCCAUCAAAUGGCAAGCCAAAACGCACAUUCAGAUGAAAAAUAAAUAUAUUUAGCCGAUAUUGAAUGGUUUAUAACCAACGCUUAAUCAGACUCUUGGCCUAAUCUUAACAUUGUUUGAGAUUCGCAAACGACUUUAAAGUAAAGUAAUCUGUUUUUUUUUUUAUAUAGUAUAUUAGGCAAUUCAAAUCACAAACAGACACUGGUUGCAUUAUUUUUGUUGUACUUUGUCCUUUAUUAAGCUAACGUUUUUGGCUCAUUUUCUAUAGUACACAUUUAAUAUAUGUUAUUAUAUUUAGUUAUUUGUAUUGAUUAUGUAUGAAUCUGUGUGUAACUAUCAAAUACAAUCACAAAACGUAUGUAAUUCCUUUUAAUUAUUUACAUAAAUAAUCGUAUUUAAGAUAGGGAGAGUAUCAUUAUAAAACAAAUAUUCAGUAUAAACACAAAUAAGUAACUAAGGCGUAUUUACUGGACAGAAGCUGCUCCGGCUGCUGUUCCAGCUGCUGUUCUGCUCAUGAAUCGCCUAUACAGAGUAUAGAACGUUCAUUAGUACACAUUUAUGUAUAAAUUUGAUCUAUGUAUGAUGUAACUACUCUAUGCUGAAAUCACUGUAAAUACAACGAACUUCUCUUGA